CUUUUUGCCUUGCCUUGUUUGGAUUGAUUGCCUGACCUCUGCCUGUCUGUUUAUUGAAUUGUGCCUGAUCCCUUGGACUUGUUUUGUAUUAAACUAAAUAAACUGCACUUGCAUCCAGCCUCAACCCCAUUGUGUGACAGAUUUGAAGGAGUUAAUCAUAUAAGCUAUACAAAAAGUACAAAUUGUUACACAUUUGCUUAAUGGGUGGGCAUGUGACUCAUGGUGAGUCAAAUACUCUUGGCUCUUUAUACUCACUGUUCAACACAAGACCUGAGAAACACAGUCUAUAGACAGAAGUGUAAAAUAUAAUAGGGAAUAUGAGUAGCAUGAAAGGAAUCACUCCAAAGCUAAAUGGCCUAUGUGCUUCAGCACAGGACAUCUUAAACAGAUGUGCAAGACAAAUUAUGGCAGAAAUUGAACAGGGGGUCGAGAAACACUAUAAAGAAGUUCUCAAUGUUUCGUCUGGUGAUUUCCACAGAAUGGGAUUAAAACCAAUCACCUUCACUCGUCAGGUGCUGGCCGCUUGUUUCUACCCCUCGCUCCUGAAUGAUGAGAGUUUACCCUUGGAUGCAAGAGAGAGGGCGCAAAGCAUUCUUCGUGAAACUGAGGCAGGGAGCAUAGGAUCAUACACUGCUGCACGUGGGAUUAAAAAAAUCCAAGCCUCCGUAUGUAAAUUUAUCACCAAACGUGAUGGUGUUGUUCCUGAUCCUGACAACAUCUACAUCACAAAUGGGUCCCAAACAGGCCUCAGAAAGGUACUGGAGCUGCUGGUUCAGCAUGAGACCGGGGUUCUUACUCCUGUACCGUCCAACUCCACCUUUAACAUGGCAGUGGUUGCUCAGGGAGGACUUGUGGUGCCUUACUACCUGCAUGAGGAGCAGGGAUGGGCAGUGCAGCUUGAAGAACUGCGUCGAGCCCUGCACACAGCCAGGGGCCGAUGCAACCCAACAGUGUUAUACAUCAUCAAUCCAGGAAGUCCGACAGGCCACGUGCAGAGUAAGGAUUCAGUUGAGGAAGUGAUUCGCUUUGCUGCAGAAGAAAGGCUCUUCUUAAUGGUAGAUGAGGUGCAUCAGGACAAUGUGUAUGGGAAAGGAAUUGAGUUUUAUUCAUAUAGAAGAGUGCUGGCUGAAAUGGGUCCCCCAUACUCCAGCACAGUGGAGCUGGCCUGCUUUAACUCCAUCUCCAAGACUGUCAUGGGAGAGUCUGGUCUGCGUGGAGGCUACUUGGAGUUGGUGAACCUUGACCCUUUAGUGCUUCCAUACAUCUACAACUACUUCAACUUGACAGUUUGUGGAUCGGUGGGCGGACAAAUCGCUGUGGACUUGAUGGUUGACCCUCCACAACCCACACAGCCGGCGUAUGACCUCUACACUCAAGAGGUUCAGUCAAUUAGGAGGGCAAUAAGGAAUAACGCCCAGAAGACCCUGGAGGUUCUCAGUGGCCUACCUGGAAUCAGCUGUCAGCCAGUAAAUGGAGGAAUAUUUGCCUUCCCACGUCUGCAUUUGUCCCAGUCUGUAAUAGAACAUGCCAAGGAGAAGCAGCUGGAGCCAGACUUGCUGUACAGUUUGCGUUUGCUGGAGGAAGAAGGCUUGUGUGUGGGAGCUGGAUGUGUGCACGGGCAAAAAGAAGGAACCCAUCACAUCAGGAUUUGCCUAGCGACUCCAGAGGACACCAUGAAGGACGUGCUGCAGAGGCUGGAGAGUUUCCAACUGCGCUUCAUUAAAGAGUUUCCCUGA